AGUCAGUAAAGUCAGUUUCAGUACUUCAGUAGUCGGCAGGCGCAGCCAGCCAGGAGUUGACCGCAGAUAGGUGAAUGAUUCUUACGUCCGUCCGUAUAUACGCAACGCGUUUCUGUACAUACAAUUCAUCGGUGUCAGAUCGAUCCGUUGACGCUAUGCGGUGCCGCUAAAGUUUGUCCGACGGCGAGAGUUUUGGGGAGGGACGAAAGAAUAUGUCGACCGUUUGAAUAGCGGUAUUUUGUAAUGAUAAAAGGUGGUGACUCCGAUAACAAGUAAACGAGAACGGAAGCGUCAAUAAUAUACACCUGCAACGGCAGAGCACAGCUGGGAAAAUAAAAGUAAAUUUAAGACUCGUACUCAGACCGUCACCGCGAUGCAGGAAUUUAACGAUCAUGCCUCGGAUGCAGUGCUCCUCAACACGUUUGUGAUUCGUAAAAAGAGAUGCAGGGUAUAUUUUCAUCGGGGAACCCUCAUCUGGGAAACCGAACGACCUCCUUACACAAGGUGGACUUUACCUUUGACCGACGUCCUAGCAGCUCAUUAUGGCAAUGAUGCAGACGUAGAUAACACUGGUGGUGUUGACGAAAAGUCCCAAGCCCCAACAAGUUUUGUGCUUCAUUAUGCGGCUCGUGGUUCUAAACACAAAUGGAGUCAUCACAGCGUUAGAAUGAGUCACACCGAUUCUAGACAAGUAGCUUCUUGGGUGAAGACUAUUCGUAACUAUCUGUCAGGUUUGACCCAUCGUCCUAGAAAAAUAAUGGUCUUUGUUAAUCCAAUCGGGGGUAAGAAAAAGGGCUUGAAAAUAUGGGAAAGUGAUGUUCAACCGCUGCUUGCCAUAGCAGGCGUUGAAGCAAGGAUGUUGGUCACCGAAAGAGCGGGACACAUCCGAGACACAUUGCUUACCUGCAAUUUGGACGACGUUGAGGCUGUUGCUUGCAUUGGUGGAGACGGCACCUUUUCCGAGGUGUUCAACGGGUUGGUAUUACGGACUGUAAAGGACAAGGACCUGGACCCAAAUGAUCCAGAAGCUGUCUUACCGCCCCCAAAAUUACCAGUCGGUGUUAUUCCGAGCGGAAGUACCGAUACUGUAGCCUACAGCCUCCACGGGACGAUCGACGUUCAAACUGCCGUUAUACAUAUCAUUUUUGGAGACACAACAGGACUCGAUUUAUCAUCUGUCCACAACAAUCGUUCCUUGCUAAGGUUAUACGCUAGCGUCCUUAGCUAUGGCUACCUUGGCGACGUAAUCCGAGAUAGUGAAAAGUUUCGCUGGAUGGGACCACAGAGAUACGAUUAUUCAGGGUUCAAGAAAAUACUCGCCAACAAAGGAUACGAAGGGGAAAUAGAGCUCUUAUCGGAUCCGUGUCAUCCAGCUGCUAGCACUAAAUGCACAGAAAAUUGUACCAGAUGCUUUGAACAUACACGUAAUAACGAUUGCGAUAAAGAAAUAUUGAAAUGGCGGACAGUGAGAGGUAAAUUCUUUAUGGUCAAUGGUGCCAAUGUUUCAUGUGCAUGCGAUCGAAGUCCCUCAGGCUUUAGUCCACACUGUCACAUCGGAGAUGGAUGUAUUGACGUGAUAUUGAUCAGGCACACAUCGUUUUUAAAUAACAUCAGAGUCCUUUUGAGAUUGAGCAGUAGGAAUAAGAAUUUGUACGAUCUCCCUUUCGUCGAAGUAUACAGAGCCAGGGAAUUCAAAUUCCGACCUCUUCCGUCUGUGAUAAAUGUACCUGCUGACAACACCGAGGUGAACAUACCUCAAUCGCAGCCUGACCUCAGCGUGUGGAAUUGCGAUGGCGAAGUAAUUCAGGAUUUGAAUUUGAAAAUCAGGGUACACUGCCAGUUACUUAAAGUUUAUACGAGGCGUAUGCAGGAUUCCAUUACCGAUACAUCUUGCUUUUGUCCGCUUUAAAGAGCGGGAACUGAGAAUUCGGAAAAGCGGGAAUUCUGUUUACAUUUGCGCUUCACAAGAUACCGAUUUUUUUUAUCUCCCUUUGAGUCCACCCCAGAAAUUUCAUAUCAAUAAUUAAACGUUGUAGUUCCUUUCAUAAGCUUGCCUCGUAUUGUUAAGACAUGCCACUUUUAUUGAUACGAUUAUUAUUUUUUAUCUGGUAUUAUAUUUUUAAAACAUGAUUAGUAUUUAUAUUUUUAUUAAAUAUUAUAUACACAUGAAAUACGCAUAAUAUCAUCGCUAUGCGCGCGCUAAAUUUUGGGAAUUGCUCGGGAGCUUUCGUUAUUCAACAGAGUAACAAGUGCUACACUUCACGUAUUUGCAUUUACUUUGAACCGAUCUCAUUUUUUGUUUCUAUUCUUUCCCCCCUCUAUGCAUGGUUUUGAUUUUUCUUUGCUAAAGGGAAAAAACCAUGAUGUUGGGACGAUAUAUUGGUUGGCGAAUUACUCGGUCGUUAUUAAAGUUUGCAAAGCACUGAAUUACGAUACAAUAGGUGCUUUAAUAAGAUGCGCAGUCUACCCUCCAGUAUAUUAAGUAAUUAAAUAGGUUUUAAAUGCUCGACUAUGGCAUAGAAUUGUAUUAGACACUUAAGGUGCAAUGGUUUUGUAAAGAGAAAGUUUAUUCCAUACGAUGUUUUGCUUUGUUCUCUUCAUUAAGUUUUUUUUUUUUUUGUGAUUUUGUUACUAGCGAUACGGAAGUGAAUGUUUACCCAAUUUGUUUUUAGAAGAAAAUAUUGCGUGAUGAUUGAGUAUAUCAAUGUAGAAUAUAAGUUUUGCAUACAUGUAGAAGGUGGAUUUAUAAUUUCUAAAUUAAUAGAAAAUAUCAGCUUGAUUAUUAUUGAGAAUGUUAAAUUAAAACUGGAAAUCGAUACGAUAAGAUUAUUCGUGUGUCUGUAGGUUCAUAAUAUUAAAUGAUUAUAUAGUGACGGAUACACGUAGCUUGAUAAAUAUUUUAGAAAGUAUACAGGGUGACCUAGAGAUUCAUAAGACUAUUGACAUUUUCAGGUUGAUACAAAUAAUUUUGCCUUUUCUCUUCUGCUGUUUGUUUUAACCUCUUGAUGAAGGGCAGUAUUACGCAUUUUAAAAACGUUUUCCAUGCCUGAUCCGAAAUCUAUGACUACGAAGUGACGAAUGGGUACGUUGUUACUGCAGAGUAUUACACUUUAAUUUUAUACCCGAGAUAAGCAGUGGUGCGAUAUAUUUUAUGUAAACUUUAUAUACUUCGUUUGUGAUGAUUCUGUAAUGUAUGUGUAUAAGAGUGAAGCUUGAAAUAGUAUUAUGAAAAUAUUUGAUAUUAUAAUACAUACUAUGUUAGGUUCAUUCUUGAGUAUAAAUGACAAAGUGAAUGAGAUGAACUUUUUUGAAAACGCCUGCGAGAUUACAUUAGAAGAAUAUAUUAUGUUAGGCAAUGAUCUGAUUUUUAUAUGCCCACAGGUUCAAUAUAGAAUUGUUAAAAAUCGCACGGUUCCGGCAUCGAUAGUUUUUUUUUCUAAUUAACGAUGAAUCCAUCAUUGUUUUCAUACGUGAACGUCUCAAAUUUGAUUUAUGAAUACCACACUUAUUAUACACAUAUUGUUAUAACCAUUUUUCACGUAAUUAUAAUUUAGUAAAUUUAGUUGGGCAGAUUACGCGAACGAUAUCAAUAGGGUACUGGCAUAAUUUUUACAGCUAUUAUUUUACAAUAUUUCAGGUUAUUGCAAGCAUGGAGAUUUUUCAAUGUACAAAUUCAUUCCGCAUACUCCAAAUACUUGUACCGAAAUAAAAGUAUUUAUACGACAACAAAGGAUGUUGUUUAUCGAUUUCGAGGAAUCGGGUUAUCAAUAAAAUUGAGAUCUUAUGCGCGUACCCUAUUUUCACGCAAUUGUUAAUUGUACGUCUUUUAGUGCUACAGAGUGAAAAAAAAAAAUCAGUUGAACUGUGAAUUGUUCCUCAGAAAAUCAUCUCAGGCCGUAAAUGAAUUGGGAGAUCCUUUACGAUAAUCGUAUUGGCGGAAUGAAUCAUAAGUAUUAUGUAAUUUAUAAAUAGAAAA